AUGUGUCGUGGAGUUCCCCAAGGACAGAACCAUCAGCGUGGGUGGUCAGAACAUCAGCACCAACCAAUCCCGAAAUUGCAGCUUCAAAAAGCUUUUGAUGAAAUGUACCUGCUUGGAAACUUCAUUGCCGAUGGUGUCAUGGGACCAGACGUGGUGAACGUGCCCCUGUACCUGUCUCAACUUCGCAUGGCGCGCGUGAUUGGCCUUAAGAACGCGCCUCCUCAGAAAUGGCGAGGUUAUCUUGAGGAAUUGGAGCACUUCAGUUCCUAUCUGAAAUACGACAAAGAGUACGGAAAUCAAGGAAUUGCCCAAUACGACCUAUCAGCGGUUCAUUCUGACGCCGUCUACUCAUUUGUUGAACCGCAGACAUACUCAAACAUAAUCUCGGUGUUCCAACAUCGUCGUGGGAAUGUCGUAGAUAACCCAAACUACCAGCUGACCGACGUGAACCAGUGUGAAGACACCAAGUACGAAGAAAUCGGAAUGGAACGCGAGUUGAAAUCAACAGGUUCAGAAAAUCGUUCUUUCCAAGAAUCGAAUUACAGUCCGCUUAUCGACAGAAACACAAAGGUUCCCCCACCUGUCGCGAUCAAGCCCCAUAGGGCAACUCCGCAGAUUCCAAAGAUUCAAGGCAGUCCGAAGCUUCCCGCGCGCCAACCAAGGCCUCUUUCACAGAUGCUCAGUCCUACCCUCAAACAUGAUGCCAUCUACACGAAUGAUGUUCCCCGCACGUCCAUUCGCCCCUUCCAACCGGAACUCAAAGAAGCUAUUGAACUUAAGCAGGAACGCUCAUUAGAAUACGAUCAGCAAAGAAACACUUUGGAAUCGCCAAAUCAGCCAGACGUGGUUGAUAAACCGUUACCAACGGUUAACGACAGCCUUGAUGUAAUCAAACUGUCAAUAAACGAUGUAUGUGGUUACCUUAAAGUGCUGAAUCUUGAUAAAUAUGAGCCCAAAUUUCGGCAAGAAAUGAUUGACGGGGCGCUGAUGGCCGCUCUGUCCAAGAAGAUUUUGAAAAAGAGUUUGGUCAUGAAUGGGCUUGAAGCGGUGAGAAUAUUUAAGUUCUCCAAAGAAGGUCAUUUGCCAAGGUAA